UCUAGGUCUUUCCAAGUGAAGAAGCUGGAGAAUUAAGAUAAUUUGAGACUUUAUUGUGCAGUAUUUUGGACCUGGCCUAGCCUUUGUGAGGAGCAGAGGAGUCUGAGUCCUGGCUGAAGAUGGUCUGAUGGACCGCCGCUUUUUGCUGACCUUCCUCUUCUGCUCAGUCUCGUGGAUUUUCUUCUGGGAAGUGCGCUGGAAGAAAGGCAAAGAAAGUCAGAUCGAAGAAUGGAUUCAAGGCCACAGUCUCUCCGAAUACAAACACUUAUUUGAAGGUCAGUUGAGAAAAUAGCCGCCACUCUUUGAGAUUAUUCAGUGUUUAUGAAUGACAUGGAACAUCUUCAGUGGCAGUUUGGCAUCUGUGAACUAUUGCUGAUGGGAAGGAGGCUAAUGUAAUUGCAGCCAUACACAGUCAAAUCUUCAUUUAUUUGCUCUGUAGUUAAUAAACAGCAUCCCAUAAUUGAUUCUCUUUGAAUUUUCUCAUCCAUUGGAGUUUGCACAAAAGUCUACCACAGUUCAAAGGGCAUUUAAACAAAGGUUAGGCCAAUGGGUGAAAUUCCUUCUCGACAGCUUAUCUUCUGCCAUUGAAGAGGUACAGUUCUUGGUGUAAUUUCCUGUAGCGCAUGAUGUUGUCGUUUCAGUGAUUUAAUAUGUUCUUAUGUUCGCCUCAUUAUGGUAAUGCUGAGGUGUAUUUAUUUGUGAUAAGGCUAUAGACUAGAAUAGAUCCUCAUCCUGGCAUGUCUGCUCUGCUCUGGCUGAUUUGCCUUUGUCUGUCUGCAUCUGUUUGUGUAGAUGUGGAGACUCUGGAGGAGCUGAGCCUGAGUGUUCUGACUCGUCUGGAGGACGUGGUGAGAGAGAAGCGGCGCUGGAGGGACAUCGCAGAGGCUCACAUCCAGCUGCUGCGAGACUUUGCCUUCCAGGAGUGGCUUUGCUCUCAGAGCCUUGACCACUACUAUCAUACGUAAGCAUACCACCACCAUGUUAUUAGCAUAGUACUACCUACCUCUCACCUGUCAUGGGCAGAUUCAAACUCAUCACAUAAACACAGCUAACAUUACUACACAAUUCUGCACUUAUAUCUAACAGAAUUCAGUCAUUUCGUGAAACACUGAGAGGUCUCUUUCACUGAGAGAUGGGCUACAUGGCUGAAAAUAACAACCAUAGAACAGAUACUGCUUUGUGUCUGCUUUUUUGGCCACUUGGGGGCAGACUCCCCAUUCAUGGCUGGCUGCGCUUGGUGACAUUGAGCUCAGGAGGCUGCAGUGUUUCAGAGGGUCACUGCAGUAAUGAGUGCUCUUAAGGGGCUGUUACACAUACAAUAUAGUAGUCGAUGUUCUGCAAUCCUGCAGAUGUGGGGGUAGCUCUCAGUGGACUCAGUUCAACUGUAGUCAGACAGCAUAUAGGCCUUUCUGUAUAAUAGUAGAAACUAACUGUUUUUAUGUAUGAAUAAAUAAAGACAAAUGUUUUCUAUUUUCAGUUGUAUCACAUUCAUAUCUUUUAAUGUGAUACAAAGGUUAGUCAUACAGAGGGGAUUGUAAACUUGACAUCCUCUUUGCAGAUUCUGUAGUACAGGAUGAGCUCACGUCUGUCUAAGCACUGACACUCCCUACCUAAAGUAAUGUAUUGUAAACAUGAGCAGCUGGGUUAUAGUGGUUACUAUACUGUGUUUAUUGUGGCUACAGCAGCUGUCAACCCUGGAAAGCUUUUGCUCCUUGAGUAGAUUACACUAUACCAUUUAAUACAUCUGUCAUAGGAAUACUAAUCCAUUUCCAUCAUGACUCAAUACAUACCACACUAUGACUAUCUGACGUUCUAAUGUUUAUAUAACUCUUGAAGAGACAAUCUGUGAUUGCUACAUCCAUUUCUGGACUUUUAAAUUCAUGAUUAAUACCCAUUUGAUUCUUGAAGAAUAUAACUUAUAAAUCCCUCAUGAGCGUAGUUAAUCUUCUUACCCCAUCAGAACCCAAAAUGUAAACUUGUUUUACUCCUUUAUUUCUAAACAAAGUAAUUGUAAACAAACAUGGUAUUGCCUCAACAUGGUUAAAACUAUAAUUUUGAUCUCAUUUGAUCUCCUUGCAUCCAUAGCUUUGUCUAUGAAUUUAAGAGUGGUUACAUUUAUCCAGCCCCAUCCCUCAGCUAUUUACCAAAUCAGUGGCGGUUUGACCGCUUUGUUGUUGUUUGAACUGCAGAUUGCCCCUUUAAGGCUUAAUGUAAAUGUAACUUAGUAGAUCAUGUUACGUUUACUAUGGUGCAGUGCAGAACAAGGUGAUAAACCAAUAUUUGCUUUGCGUGCAUGGUAGAGUACACAGAAGCCUAUUUAAGGCACUAGCUAACAGACCACAGCCCUGUUUAAAGUCAGGUUCUUCUUGUUCAGUCGCUCUCUGUGUUGUCCUGUGUGAGACUGUGGCCAUGCUAGAGGUGAAAUGAAUAAAAUUGACAGUUUUUCUCUCUGUUUGACCAUGUUGCACUGUGGUCCAAAUGAAGACUGAAGACCUUGGGUUGUAUGAAUUUGGAUGAUCUAGCUCAGUUUGACAGCCAGUUGCAGCUCUCUCUGGCUGCGUGGGGAUAUUACUACGAAGACUACAUCAAGCUGUCCACGGGUGUUAAGGUUCUCCAGGCCUCUAGGGGGAGCCGCGACCAAGACUACGAGAUCCAACUGGUGCACAACCUUGCUGAGAGGCGGCUGAAUGAGAAGUGGUCUAUCGGUGAGUGCCUGAUCACUUUGUACGCAUUGUUGGAUAGGUGUUGGAAAGCUUCUGCCAUGGAUUCAAUAGCUGUCUGUAGAAGAUACUGAUGUAUUGCAAGGACCUAGCGUUUCACUGUUUUAUCAAGCAAUAGCCACACAGAUGAGCAGAUCUAGGUAAUAUGUUGUAAAGGAGAAGUUGACUGUUACUACAUAGUCAUGCUGAAACAGUAAGUGCAUAUAUGUCAAUAACUGUUUUAUGGAUGUGCGUGUGUGUGGGUAUGUGUGUGUAUAUAAAAAUAUAUAUAUACAGUACCAGUCAAAAGUUUGGACACACCUACUCAUUUAAGGGUUUUUCUUUAUUUUUACUAUUUUCUACAUUGUAGAAUAACUAUGAAAUAACACAUAUGGAAUCAUGUAGUACCCAAAAAAGUGUUAAACAAAUCAAAAUACAUUUUAUAUUCUUCUAAGUAGCCAACCUUUGCCUUGAUAACAGCUAUGCACACUCUUGGCAUUCUCUCAACCAGCUUCACCUGGAAUGCUUUUCCAACAGUCUUGAAGGAGUUCCCGCAUAUGCUGAGCACUUGUUGGCUGCUUUUCCUUCACCCCAAACCAUCUCAAUUGGGUUGGGGUCGGGGGAUUGUGGAGGUCAGGUCAUCUGAUGCAGCACUCCAUCACUCUCCUUCUUGGUAAAAUAGCCCUUACACAGCCUGGAGGUGUGUUGGGUCAUUGUCCUGUUGAAAAACAAAUGAUAGUCCCACUAAGCCCAAACCAGAUGGGAUGGCGUAUCGCUGCAGAAUGCUGUGGUAGCCAUGCUGGUUAAGUGUGCCUUGAAUUCUAAAUAAAUCACAGACAGUAUCACCAGCAAAGCACCAUCACACCUCCUCCUCCAUGCUUCACGUUGGGAACCACACAUGCAGAGAUCAUCCGUUCACAGACUCUGCGUCUCACAAAGACAGCGGAUGGAACCAAAAAUCUCAAAUUUGGACUCAUCAGACCAAAGUACAGAUUUCCACCGGUCUAAUGUCCAUUGCUCGUGUUUCUUUGCCUAAGCAAGUCACUUCUUAUUAUUUGUGUCCUUUAGUAGUGGUUUGAACCAGCAAUUCGACCAUGAAGGCCUGAUUCACGCAGUCUCCUCUGAACAGUUGAUGUUGAGAUGUGUCUGUUACUUGAACCCUGUGAAGCAUUGAUUUGUGCUGCAAUUUCUGAGGCUGGUAGCGCUAAUGAACUUAUCCUCUGCAGCAGAGGUAACUCUGGGUUUUACUUUCCUGUGGCGGUCCUCAUGAGAGCCAGUUUCAUCAUAGCGCUUGAUGAUUUUUGCGACUGCACUUGAAGAAACUUUCUAAAUUCUUGACAUUUUCGGGAUUGACUCAACUUCAUGUCUUAAAGUAAUGAUGGACUGUAAUUUCUCUUUGCUCAUUUUAGCUGUUCUUGCCAUAAUAUGGACUUGGUCUUUUACCAAAUAGGGCUAUCUUCUGUAUACCCCCCUACCUUGUCACAGAACUGAUUGGCUCAAAUGCAUUAAGAAGGAAAUAAAUUCCACAAAUUAACUUUUAAGAAGGCACAUCUGCUAAUUGAAAUGCAUUCCAGGUGACUACCUCAUGAAGAUGGUUGAGAGAAUGCCAAGAGUGUGCAAAGCUGUCAUGAACGCAAAGGGUGGCUACUUUGAAGAAUUUCAAAUAUAAAAUAUUAUAACACUUUUUUGGUUACUACAUGAUUCCAUAUGUGUUAUUUCAUAGUGAUGUCUUCACUAUUAUUCUACAAUGUAGAAAAUAGUGAAAAUAAAGAAAAACCCUGGAAUGAGUAGGUGUGUCCAAACUUUUGACUGGUACUGUAUAUAUUUAUUUGGGUCAUUUAGCAGAUGCUCUUAUCCAGAACGACUUACAGGAGCAAUUAGGGUAAAGUGCCUUGCACGAGGGCACAGACAGAUUUUUCACCUAGUCGGCUCAGGGAUUCGAACCAGCGACCUUUCGGUUACUGGCCCAACGCUCUUAACCGCUAGUCUACCUGCCGGUUAAAACUGGUGAUAGGUGGUGAAUAUGAAUAUGUGUAGGAGGGUGGGAGAGAAUGGGUGUUUGGAUGCAUAGGGUAUAUGUUGGGCGGAAAUGGGUGUAGGUGUGUCAGAGAGGUAGGGAGGGUGGGAAAAGAUAGGAGGUUGUGACAAGCUUGGCUUGGGUGGGGUAAAGGGGGGAGAAAGCAGGGAGAGGGAGCUGGAGAGGGAUGGGUAUGGCUUGGGAGAGAGAGAAGGAAGUAUUUAACUAUACUACAAUGUCAUUUAAUUUAUUUUUGUGACUUGCAAACCUGCUGUAAAAUGAAUAAGAGUUCUGGAUAGAUUAGGAGAAGAUGUCGAGUUUGUCAUUAUAGCUAAGAUUCAAUGGUGGUUAUUGGUGAGAUUGGAGAGGGGCUCUUUCCGGGGGAUGGGGAUGGGGUGACUGGGAGGGCAUCAGACACUUCUCUGUGGUGUCUGUGGGGCCUCCACUCAUCUCACUUCAGUCUCUCGGUGGACCCACUCUCCCCAAGUAGACCCCCACCAUCCACUAUAUAUUAAUUUAAUGUACACUGUAAAUUAACCUCUUGCUUCGCCUCUUUCUCCAAAGCCCCUCCCCCUACCACUCACAACAACAAAAAUGAAAGAUCACUUCUUUCUCUCUGACAAAUGGUUUCAACUCGCUAUUUGCAUUUGAGGUUUGAUCCAACUGAAUCGGUCAUAUGGACACCGAAACACAUGGAGACAUUAUUUUACUGUAAGAGGAGAAGUGAACCUUUCGAACCAUACCCUGUUUAUGUUUCAACUCCUUAAAUUUCGAACAGAGCAGACACUACUGAAACGGAUGUACCAAUGAACAUUCAUUCUGGAAAAUGUAUGCUCAGUUUGUUGCGCACGUGCGUUACGGUACCACGUAUCGCUAGCAGCAUUUUAGUCAAAUAAAGGUUGUUAUAGUAGCUGUUUAGUCUGUGUUUUAUAAAUGUGAAAUAAGCAUAAAACUAUUAUAUAAGUAAUUGGCAACUCGUUCUCAUUCUGAAUAAUAAGGUAGGCCACUUGAUUUCAACAUCUGAACAAAGCUCAUACAGUGCAUUUGGAAAGUAUUCAGAAAAUUCUGAAAUUGAUUAAAUCGUUUUUUUAUACUAUGCUUUAUACUUUAAACUAUGCUUAUCUCAACAUGUACAGUCGUGGUCAAAAGUUUUGAGAAUGACACAAAUACUAAUUUUCACAAAGUCUGCUGCCUCAGUUUUGAUGAUGGCAAUUUGCAUAUACUCCAGAAUGUCAUGAAGAGUGAUCAGAUGAAUUGCAAUUAAUUGCAAAGUCCCUCUUUGCCAUGAAAAUGAACUUAAUCCCCAAAAAAACAUUUCCACUGCAUUUCAGCCCUGCCACAAAAGGACCAGCUGCCAUCAUGUCAGUGAUUCUCUCGUUAACACAGGUGAGAGUGUUGACGAGGACAAGACUGGAGAUCACUCUGUCAUGCUGAUUGAGUUAGAAUAACAGACUGGAAUCUUUAAAAGGAGGGUGGUGCUUGAAAUCAUUGUUCUUCCUCUGUUAACCAUGGUUACCUGCAAGGAAACACAUGCCGUCAUCAUUGCUUUGCACAAAAAGGGCUUCAAAUCAACCAUUUAUCGGAUCAUCAAGAACUUCAAGGAGAGAGGUCCAAUUGUUGUGAAGAAGGCGUCAGGGAGCCCAAGAAAGUCCAGCAAGCGCCAGGACUGUCUCCUAAAGUUGAUUCAGCUGCAGGAUCAGGGCACCACCAGUGCAGAGCUUGCUCAGGAAUGGCAGCAGGCAGGUGUGAGUGCAUCUGCACGCACAGUGAGGCGAAGACUUUUGGAGGAUGGCCUGGUGUCAAGAAGGGCAGCAAAGAAGCCACUUCUCUCCAGGAAAAACAUCAGGGACAGACUGAUAUUCUGCAAAUGGUACAGGGAUUGGACUGCUGAAGACUGGGAUAAAGUCAUUUUCUCUGAUGAAUCCCCUUUCCGAUUGUUUGGGGCAUCCGGAAAACACCUUGUCCGGAGAAGACAAGGUGAGCGCUACCAUCAGUCCUGUGUCAUGCCAACAGUAAAGCAUCUUGAGACCAUUCAUGUGUGGGGUUGCUUCUCAGCCAAGGGAGUGGGCUCACUCACAAUUUUGCCUAAGAACACAGCCAUGAAUAAAGAAUGGUACCAACACAUCCUCCGAGAGCAACUUCUCCCAACCAUCCAAUAACAGUUUGGUGAUGACCAAUGCCUUUUCCAGCAUGAUGGAGCACCUUGCCAUAAGACAGAAGUGAUAACUAAGUGGCUCGGGGAACAAAACGUCUACAUUUUGGGUCCAUGGCCAGGAAAGUCCCCAGACCUUAAUCCCAUUGAGAACUUGUGGUCGAACCUCAAGAGGCGGGUGGACAAACAAAAACCCACAAAUUCUGACAAACUCCAAGCAUUGAUUAUGCAAGAAUGGGCUGCUAUCAGUCAGGAUGUGGCCCAGAAGUUAAUUGACAGCAUGCCAGGGCGGAUUGCAGAGGUCUUAAAAAAGAAGUGUCAACACUGCAAAUAUUGACUCUUUGCAUAAACUUAAUAUAAUUGUCAAUAAAAGCCUUUGACACUUAUGGAAUGCUUGUAAUUAUACUUCAGUAUACCAUAGUAACAUCUGGCAAAAAUAUCUCCAUAACACUGAAGCAGUGAACUUUGUGAAGACCAAUACUUGUCAUUCUCAAAACUUUUGACCACGACUGUACACACAAUACCCUAUAAUGACAAAACAAAAACAGUUUUUUUGAAAUGUUUGCAAAUGUAUUACAAAUAAAAAUCUGUAAUAUCACAUUUACAUAAGUAUUCAGACUCUUUACUCAGUACUUUGUUGAAGCACCUUUGGCAGCGAUUACAGCCUCGAGUCUUCUUGGUUAUGACGCUACAAGCUUGGCACACCUGUAUUUGGGGAUUUUCCCCCAUUCUUCUCUGCAGAUCCUCUCAAGCUCUGUCAGGUUGGAUGAGGAGCGUUGCUGCACAGCUAUUUUCAGGUCUCUCCAGAGAUGCUCAAUCGGGUUCAAGUCCGGGCUUUGGCUGGGCCACUCAAGGACAUUCAGAGACUUGUCCCGAAGCCACUCCUGCGUUGUCUUGGCUGUGUGCUUAGGGUCGUUGUCCUGUUGGAAGGUGAAUCUUCGCCCCAGUCUGAGGUCCUGAGUGCUCUGGAGCAGGUUUUCAUCAAGGAUCUCUCUGUACUUUGCUCCGUUCCUCUUUCCCUCGAUCCUAACUAGUCUCCCAGUCCCUGCCGCUGAAAAACAUACCCACAGCAUGAUGCUGCCGCCACCAUGCUUCACCGUAGGGAUGGUGCCAGGUUUCCUCCAGACGUGACGUUUGGCAUUCAGGCCAAAGAGUUCAAUCUUGGUUUCAUCAGACAAGAGAAUGUUGUUUCUCAUGGUCAGAGUCCUUUAGGUGCCUUUUGGCAAACUUUAAGCCGGUUGUUAUGUGCCUUUUACUGAGGAGUGCCUUCCGUCUGGCCAAUCUACCAUAAAGGCCUGAUAGGUGGAGUGCUGCAGAGAUGGUUGUCCUUAAGGAAGGUUCUCCCAUCUCCACAGAGGAACUCUGGAGCUCUGUCAGAAUGACCAUCGGGGUCUUGGUCACCUCCCUGACCAAGGCCCUUCUCUCCCGAUUGCUCAGUUUGGCCGGGCAGCCAGCUCUAGGACGAGUCUUGGUGUUUCCAAACUUGAAUGAUGGAGGUCACUGUGUUCUUGGGGACCUUCAAUGCUGCAGAUAUUUUUUGGUACCCUUCCCCAGAUCUGUGCCUCGACACAAUCCUGUCUCUGAGCUAUACGGACAAUUCCUUCAACCUCAUGGCUUGGUUUUUGCUCUGACAUGCACUGUCAACUGUGGGACCUUAUAUAGACAGGUGUGUGCCGUUCCAAAUCAUGUUCAAUCAAUUGAAUUUACCACAGGUGGACUCCAAUCAAGUUGUUUCUAAAAUCUCAGGAUAUAAGAUUUGCAUGGGAAAAAACGAAAUUAUGGAAAUAGUAAAAAUGAUAACUCAUGAUCGACAGCAAUCCUUUAAGUGGACCACAACAAAUAUAAAAUACUUAAGAUACUUAAUAAGUGACAACAAAUUAGUGACAACAAAUGUAUAAAGGCAACUUUAUCCCAUUACUCAACAAUAUACACAAAAAUGUAUGCACACAUGACUGUAAGUCGCUUUGGAUAAAAGCGUCUGCUAAAUGGCUUAUUAUUAUUAUUAUUAUUAUUAUUAUUAUAAUAUGAAAGCAGAUCUAAUUCAAUGGAACAAUCUUCCCAUACAUUUUACAGGUAGAAUAAACCUCUUCAGAAUGGCAUGGCUCCCAACAUUUUAAUAUUUAUUCUUGGUAUAACCAAUUACUUCACCGAAUAGAUUCUUUAAACAAGUAUACUCAGUCAUAACAGACUGGGCAAAUAAAACUCAUCAAAUAAAAAGGAAAGUUUUACAUCUUCAUAAGUCAGAAGGUGGUUUUAACCUUCCAGACCUGGAAUUGUAUCAACUUCGCACUCAGGGAUUUUACUUGUGACAUAUAGUUAAAUGGAUUAAAGAGGAACAAUGGGUACAUAUUGAAGAUGCGUAUGCUACAUUCUACAGCACAACGGGUCAUGUCUUAAGUGUAAAACUAACAAUGACUCAAUAAUCCAUGCCUUCUGGUAAUGCUAUAAAGUCCAAAAGUUAUGUGUGGAGUUAGAAAGUUGGCUGUCAGAAGUAUUACAAUGUAAAUUUACUUUUAAUCCGUCUGUCUGCAUAUUUCAAGACAUGGCAUAUGAGGGUGCAGUGAGAUACCCAAUGGGUUGGACGAUACUUUUCUCGUCAAUCAUCUUGAGAAAACGUAUACUUAAACUGGAAAUCAAUCAAUCCUUCAUCGUUAACACAAUGGAAAGGUCAAAUGCUUUAUUAUCUAAAUGUUGAAAGUGCGUAGGCGACGGAGAGAUACAAAAUGGUGCAGUUUGAAGCCAUGUGGCGGAGAGUAAUAUGGGUGCUGAAGACGGGGGGUGAGCAGGUGGGUCUGGGCAGGGAUGAUUUUGUGGAUGUUUGUGUGCGCCUGCAUGUUGUUGUUUAUACGUGGAUGUUUUGGAUUGUAAAAAAGUGCAACCACAUAAUGUGAAAGAAGGUAGCCUAGGCCUAUGUUGUUACAUUACAAUUCUCCAAUGUACCAUUUCCUUACCCUAUCCUGAUAUGAUGUUUUUAUGGUAUAAUGAUGUCAUGCCAUAGUGUUGUGAGGACAGGGAAAGAGUUAAGAGAUGAGUGGUUUGGGGCCAUGAAGUCUACAUUCCAUUAUGUCAAUAAUUUACAAACUGUAGUACACACAUCGAUUCUCAUUGGCCUAUACACUCUCAAUGAACAAAUAGCUAUGCAUCCUGUGAUAGGUAUCUUCUCUGACGCCAAGAAUAUCCUAACUCCUAUUCCUGGAAAAUGUUGAUUUGCCUUUGUUGUAUGGUGCAUCGGUGAAUAAACACAGUGUCCACAUUAGGGCUGUUCCUGAAGAAAAAAACUAUUGGUCGACCGAGAGUCGUCUGUUCUUUCAACCAAUCGAUUGGUUGACAUUUUUUAAUGUGGGCCUCCUGAGUGGCGCAGCGGUCUUAAGCUCUGCAUCGCAGUGUUAGAGGCGUCACUACAGACCCGGGUUCGAUCUCAGGCUGUGUCGCAGCCGGCCGUGACCGGGAGACCCAUGAGGCGGCACACAAUUGGCCCAGCGUCAUCCGGGUUAGGGGAGGGUUUGGCCUGCCGGGAUGUCCUUGUCCCAUUGUGCUCUAGCGACUCCUUGUGGCGGGCCGGGUGCAUGCAUGCUGACUUCAGUCGCCAGUUGGACAGUGUUUCCUCCGACACAUUGGUGCGGCUGGCUUCCGGGUUAAGCGAGCAGUGUGUCAAGAAGCAGUGCGGCUUGGCAGGGUCGGGUUUCGUCGACGCGUGGCUCUUGAUCUUCCUCUCCCAAGUCCAUACGGGAGUUGCAGCGAUGGGACAAGACUGUAACUACCAAUUAGGAUAUCACGAAAUUGGGGAGAAAAAGGGGUAAAAAAAACACCCUCCUCUUCCCUCUGCCCGCUGCUGCUGGCCUUUGCAGAUUCUGCCAUUACUCUCCUGAAGUUGCCGGUAAUAGGCUACACCAGCGGUCAGCAACCUUUUCCAUUUGGAGUUCCAAGUUAUCGCACCAUUUCUACUGAUCUGCGUGCCAGUUAUGAUUUUCAUAUGCACAUUUUCAUGGAACUGUUUAAUUUAAUUCAUGUUAUGUGGUUAAUCAAAAUUCUAUUAAAAUGAAACAAAUCUAAAAGUAACUUCUAUUGCCAUUGCCAAUAUGUAAAAAUGGCCUACAUAAAGCCAACAAAUUAAAAACAUUGCAGCCUGCAGGUAGAAAAUAUCCUGAUGAAUUAAUAUCCUAUGAAUCACUAUGGUUACGCAUGGCCUGUCUGCAAGGAACUUUAAACAUUGUAUCAACUAUUAACUUGGUCGGGCCAGAAGCUCAUGCUAGCAAACUUGCAACAUUGUAUAAAAUAUUCUGGGCCCUCAGAGUUUCCCACACCGGUGAGCUCCGGACAGACAGAUACAGCGUAAGGCUAUUUGCAGAUCAAAUCAGAGCAUGACAUUUUUUUCCCCUUUCAUGCUGAGUGGUUAUCAAAAGGGAGAGAGCUGGAAAUAUUUUUCAAAUAGGCUACGUUGAGGAACUAUUGUCAUUCUCAAUGGAUGUAAAAACAAGACUUCAUUUACUUGCGGUUUGAGGCGAAGAAAAAAUUACUUUGAGAAGCUCCACAGUGAUGGUGAGUUAAGACAAUCAGAAAUAGUAUCAGAUCCCCAAAUGGGCAAAUCUUUUGGCCUACGUUUGCGCGCAGGCCAGGUAGCCCAGGCCUACUUCUAUGCAUAGUCAAGUGCAUGUCCUUACUCAAGAUUGACAGAAGCGCUCCAAACAAAAGACAAUGAAUAAAUUGACAACUCGUAAAUAUAAUUAACUUUUUUCUCACAAGUGUAGCCUAGGUUGUGCGUUCUGCAAACAACGUGUCCACUCCUACAAUGAUGGUAAGACUGUAAUAAUACUAUAUUGAAUGUAUUAACAGAAAUGACCAUAACCAAACAAACAUUUUAUUUAGUACUACUGGUGAUAUUGAUGUGCCACUCUAACGCGGCCUCCGCAGUGGAUUAGUCCACUCAGACAGGUGUGUAUCAGACAGGUGUCUUUUUUUAUAUAUUUGCCACUGCUCGACUAAAGAAAUCUUGGUCGACCAACAGCCUAUCGACCAGACGACUAAACGGAGUCAGCCCUAGUCCACAUACUGCAGUACUUGGCUAGUGCAGGACAACAUGGACCUAAUAGGCUUCCUGAUUAAUGUCCUGGAUGCAGAGUCCAACCUGGGUGUGUUCUACGUUUAAAGGUUUAUUAUCUACAGAUGAAUCAGAAAGCAAAAGUGAAAUACAGGUCAAUCCUCCAAGUUGAUCUGUAAGUGCGGCUCUCAGAAUGAAUCGUGUACACUAGAGCACGUCAGCUUUAAAUGAAAUGUCUGUUGAAAGCUCCUGUGCUGUGAAAGUCAAGUGAAGUAUGCUGUCUGUCUUUGUUUCUCUUUCAGCGGGAGCUCUUAUAUUUGGCUGUACUGUGGCACUUUGCUUUCUGAUAAGGGACCUCAUGUUUUACGUGAUUGGUGAGUGAGUUCUACUGACCGUAGCUGUUUGAAGUAGGGGAUGGACGCCUGUCAUCCAGGCCUGGGGCCUAAACUAACUUGUAAUUAAGAAUUAUCAGGAAGAACAUAGAACUUGUUGAAAUACUAGUACAUAUUUGAACUUGUGAUACUGUUUGUGUCCCAAGAUUCAGGCUUUACCCAUACAAUUACUGCUUCUCUGCAGCUCAUUAAAUCAAAUAGACCUGGAGGGCAUUCUUUGAAGUAAUAUUUCCAGUAUUGCAUUGCAAAUGGUCUCUCUACUAAUAAGAUCAGUAUGAGCCAUCCUCAGUGUGCUGUGCAUUUAAUCACAUUUAGGUCUCUGACACAAUGUCUCCCCCUGGCAGGUGGAAUUACUGUUUCCAUCAUAGCGUUUGUCUUUACCAUCAAGUUCCUAUGUGAGCUCGCUGCACGGGUGGUUAGCUUCCUGCAGAAUGAUGACCCUGGGAGGAGGGGCGACCGCAGCAUCUACGACUAUGUACGGGGGAACUACCUGGACCCGCGCUCCUGCAAGGUGUCAUGGGAUUGGAAGGACCCACAGGAAGUAGGCCAAACUAUGAGCUUCCGUGUUCAGGUAAGAUCCUUACCUACCUAACGGCUUGAAAUCUGAAGUCUACUUCAGUCAUUUCUGGAUUUUAAGAGUUUAGUUUCUGUAUUAAAACACAACCACCUACCUCAAAUAUUAAAAAGAGUGUGGAGGAAGGAUACAUUUGGAUGUCAUUUUUUUUGUUUCUGCAGAUUAAAAUCAGUGAUUCUGUUAUUUGGCUUGUUUGUUGGGUUUACAUUUACAUUUUACAUUUUAGUCAUUUAGCAGACGCUCUUAUCCAGAGCGACUUACAGUUAGUGAGUGCAUACAUUUUCAUACUGGCCCCCCGUGGGAAACUAACCCACAACCCUGGCGUUGCAAGCGCCAUGCUCUACCAACUGAGCUACAGGGGACUACAGGUUUCUAUUGGGAUCAUAAAGCACACAAUGAAUAGACUGUUGGCACGAUGGUGUUCUGGCAGAAGUUGUGGUGCUAGACUUCCUGUCAUGGUUUCUCAUGGUUUGCUCUGACUCUCUACCCCAGCUCUUCUAUAAGAACGGCCAGCCCUUCCCUGCCCACCGGCCUGUGGGGUUAAGGGUCAACAUCACCCACAUAGAGCUGGCCCUAGACAUUCCUGUCACCCAGGAGGUGCUGCAGGAGCCUGAGUCCAACGUGGUCAAAGUGACCUUCACUGUCCGAAAGGCUGGACGCUAUGAGGUGGCUGUCAAACUGGGAGGACUCAACGUGGCCUACAGCCCCUACUACAAGAUAUUCCAGCCAGGUAAGGUCAUGACCUUUUGGACUGUGUAACUAACCCAUCUCAGGACAGGACUGUGCUAUAUUUGUAAGAUUAAUACGAAGCAUGGAUGACAUGAUGACGUUUAAGUAAUUGAUAUUGAUAAUCAUGUGCUUUUGCUCAUGAUAAAGAACAUAACUUUGACGUUGCCUAGUAAGAAUGAAUGAAUGGCCACCCAGACCAGAAAUGUUGAUACCCCUGAUUAUAAUGCCAAUAUUACUUCCAAUGUUCUUUCCAUUGCUUGUCCUCAUAGCACGAUAAUAAGGCUGUUAAUAAUAUUCUUCAUCACAAUCAGUUUUGUAGUUUGACUUUGUUUACAAAAUAUAGCAUGAGGUGAUGCUGAACUUGACAUCAACCUUAUUUAAGACAAAAUCAAUAUUUUUCUGAACAUUGUAUUUUCGUCUGGUUGUUUAUUACAAUGUUUGGAUUGCUUUGACUUUUCAUCAUGCUCUACAGCUUUGAUCAAUUAGGCUUGAAAUGGUCCCUUAACAUGGAAGCAACUUGAACCUUUUGUGUAAAUGAAAGAGACUUGUUUUUCUCUGCUGUCUCAGGGCCAUUGCAUGUAUUGUACUGGCAAACACUACAUACUUUAAUUUGAAACGUUCCUUCAAUACUCAUCUGUUCCCCUUAUUUUCUGUGUUCAUUUCAGGGACAGUGGUCCCAUCCAAAACGAAGAUAGCCUACCACUUCUCCACCCUGGUCUUAGUAUAUGGCCAGCAGCACACCCUGCAGAUUGAGCCCCGGGACGAGUAUGGCAACCCCACCAGUAACUCCACCUCACUCAUAGACGAGGUCAACUACAGUGUCCACGUCCACUCGGUAAGACACUUGGGACCCAAUAUAGCAAUCCUCAUAUAACAGCAUAAAGUCAUUUGUUUCCGGAUUUUAGACUGUGAAAGUGGAAAAUGGGAAUCCAUUUAGUGUCUUCCUCCUCUCAGUUGGGCACAGUGGAUGACGACAGCCUGGAGGAGUACUACAGUAAGUCAGUGACAUCCAACAAGCAGCUGUGCCAGGUACUGCUGAAGAUCACCCUUAGGAAGAAGGGCUGUUUCCGGGCACGCAUCUCCUAUAACGACCUGCCCAUCAGCAACGGGGAAUUUGACAUCAUCGUUCUCAGUGGUGAGUAAGGGUCCUAUUUUAUGGUACGAUUACACAGGCCGAGGUGAAGGGAGACGGAGGUAGGAUAGAGUUGAUCAAUUAGUAUUUCACCAAGUUGCUACAUGUAUUGUCAGCCUAUCAUACUCAAAAUGAGAUACUGUACAGUAUAUAUCAAGACUUUCGUUCUUGGUGUAGUCAAAUCUCUUACAUCGCUCCUGUGUUUCAACUGCUGCUCUUCCACCUCCCCCACAGAGAAUGAGAAGAACUGUGUGGAGAAGAACGUGUCCACUCCAGGGAUCAGCAUCUACUUUGAGGCGUACCUCUAUGGCACAGGGAACUACAGUAACAACAGUAACUCCUCGUGGCAGCUCCCAGCCUCUGCUCUGAUGGCCCCUCAGAGACGGCCCUCCAUGGGGGACGAGGAGGAUGAGCAUGACUCCCCUGUAGAGGGCCAGCCAGAGAAGGUCAAGAAACCAAAAAAGGUCUACUGCUACAUAUCCCCAAAGGUGGGUGAAGAGGGGUUAGAAAGGGAAGGCUAUUUUAAUAGAAAUAGCACAUGCUCUACAGUCGGGUGUGUUGCAGACUUUUGUCAUUGACUGGACAAUUUACUUUUCUGCCACACAGCAACUGUCCGUGAAGGAGUUUUACCUGAAAAUUAUUCCAUGGCGCCUUUUUACCUUUCGAGUGUGUCCAGGGACAAAGGUAGGACAAGUAGCCCUGCUGUGAAACACUGUAUGAUGUCCACAUAAUACUUUCUGACCUUUUAUCAGUAGAUUUAAAGAGCUGGUGUGUUCACCCUCCUCUUCUGUCCCUCCCAGUUCACAUACUACGGCCCUGACCCUGUUCACAAGUACCUGACUCUAGUGGUGGAUGAUGGGAUCCAGCCGCCAGUGGAGCUGAGCUGUAAAGACAGAAACAUCAUGGCUGCCACCUUCAUCCGUUUCCUGCACAAGAAUAUCGGUUGGUUUCCUUUAGGGCUAUCCCCGACCAAAGAAAAUCUUGGUCGACCGAGAGUCAUCUGUUCAUUCGACCAAUUGAUUGGUCAACAUUUUAAAACGUGUAUAUUCCACAUGCUAUGUAUUUUAAUCAAAUCAACUAUAUUCACUGAGCUUGUCUCAUGCUUUAAGCGCACUGUUUGAUUAAAUAAUUAAGACACACAAUUGACUAGAGGGAGUCCAACCGUAAUUGAUUUGAUUGUGCCGGGCCGGGCUCAGACUUGCUGCGCUGUGUUAAAAAAAUGACAGCGAGUGACUGUGUGACUAGCACCUGUUGUCUCUCUCUCCUCCCUGCUGCAGCGACCACCACAGAACAUCAACAGUGUUUAUCGCGCUGUCCGUGUUGCUGAAGCUGCAACAUAAUUAGAGCCAUUUACAUUCCCUAGUCCCUCAACCCUUGCUCUCUUUACGUGACACAUGUAUGCAUCGCAUGCACGUGACCAAUAGGGCCUGACUUAUAGUACAGCUCAUUCGGAAAGUAUUCAGACCCAUUGACUUUUUCCACAUUUUGUUACGUUACAGCCUUAUUCUCCCUCAUCAAUCUACACACAAUACCCCAUAAUGACAAAGCAAAAACAGGUUUUUAGAUUUUUUUUUUACAUUUAUAUUUAAAAAAAAACUCAAAUAUAACAUUUACAUAAGUAUUCAGACCCUUUACUCAGUACUUUGUUGAAGCACCUUUGGCAGCGAUUAGAGCCUCAAGUCUUCUUGGGUAUGACGCUACAAGCUUGAAGCUUGGCACACCUGUAUUUGGGGAGUUUCUCCCAUUCUUCUCUGCAGAUCCUCUCAAGCUCUGUCAGGUUGGAUGGGGAGCGUCGCUGCACAGAGAUGUUCGAUCGGGUUCAAGUCCAGGCUCUGGCUGGGCCACUCAAGGACAUUCAGACUUGUCCCGAAGCCACUCCUGCGUUGUCUUGGCUGUGUGCUUAGGGUCCUUGUCCUGUUGGAACGUGAACCUUCGCCCCAGUCUGAGGUCCUGAGCACUCUGGAGCAGGUUUUCAUCAAGGAUCUCUCUGUACUUUUCUCUGUUCAUCUUUCCCUCUAUCCUGACUAGUCUCCCAGUCCCUGCUGCUGAAAAACAUCCCCACAGCAUGAUGCGUCCACCACCAUGCUUCACCGUAGGGAUGGUGCCAGGUUUCCUCCAGACGUGACGCUUGGCAUUCAGGCCAAAGAGUUCAAUCUUGGUUUCAUCAGAACAGAGAAUCUUGUUUCUCAUUGUCUGAGAGUCUUUUAGGUGCCUUUUGACAAACUCCAAGCGGGCUGUCAUGUGCCUUUUACUGAGGAGUGGCUUCUGUCUGGCCACUCUACCAUAAAGGCCUGAUUGGUGGAUUGCUGCAGAAAUGGUUGUCCUUCUGAAAGGUCCUCCCAUCUCCACAGAGGAACUCUGGAGCUCUGUCAGAGUGACCAUUGGGUUCUUGGUCACCUCCCUGAACAAGGCCCUUCUCCCCCGAUUGCUCAGUUUGGCCUGGUGGCCAGCUCUAGGAAGAAUCUUGGUGGUUCCAAACUUCUUCCAUUUAAGAAUGAUGGAGGCCACUGUGUUCUUGGGGACCUUCAAUGCUGCAGAUAUUUUUUGGAACCCUUCCCCAGAUCUCGACACAAUCAUGUCUCGGAGCUAUACGGACAAUUCCUUCAACCUCAUGGCUUGGUGUUUGCUCUGACAUGCACUGUCAACUGUGGUACCUUUAUAUAGACAGGUGUGUGCCUUUCCAAAUCAUGUCCAAUCAAUUGAAUUUACCACAGGUGGACUCCAAUCAAGUUGUAGAAACAUCUCAAGGAUGACCAAUGGAAACAGGAUGCGCCUGAGCUCAAUUUUGAGUCUCAUAGCAAAGGGUCUGAAUUCUUAGGUAAAGAAGGUAUUUUUUGUAUUUUUAUAUACACUACUAUACACACCUGCUCAUUCAAGUGUUUUUCUUUAUUUGUACUAUUUUUUUUACAUUGUAGAAUAAUAGUGAAGACAUCAAAACUAUGAAAUAACACAUGGAAUCAUGUAGUAACCCAAAAAGUGUUAAAAAAAUUCAGAGGAGACUGUGUGAAUCAGGCCUUCAUGGUCAAAUUGCUGCAAAGAAACCACUACUAAAGUACACCAAAAAGAAGAAGAGACUUGCUUGGGCCAAGAAACACGAGCAAUGGACAUUAGACCGGUGGAAAUUUGUCCUUUGGUCUGGAGUCCAAAUUGGAGAUUUUUGGUUCCAACCGCCGUGGCUUUGUGAGACGGGCGUGGGUGAACGGAUGAUCUCUACAUGUGUAUUUCCCACCGUAAAGCAUGGAGGAGGAAGUAUUAUGGUGUGGGGGUGCUUUGCUGGUGACACUGUCUGUGAUUUAUUUAGAAUUCAAGGCACACAAUCCCCCAACCUCAACCCAAUUGAGAUGGUUUGGGAUGAGUCAGACUGCAGAGUGAAGGAAAAGCAGCCAACAAGUGCUCAGCAUAUGUGCUAACUCCUUCAAGACUGUUGGAAAAGCAUUCCCAGUGAAGCUGGUUGAGAGAAUGCCAUGAGUGUGCAAAGCUGUCAUCAAGGCAAAGGGUGGCUACUUUGAAGAAUCUCAAAUCUCAAAUAUAUUUUGAUUUGUGUAACACUUUUUUGAUUACUACAUGAUUCCAUAUGUGUUAUUUCAUAGUUUUCAUGUCUUCACUAUUAUUCUACAAUGUAGAAAAUAGUAGAAAUAAAGAAAAACCGUGGAAUGAGUAGUUGUGUCCAAACUUUUGACUGGUACUGUAUAUAAAUUAGCAAAAAUGUCUAAACCUGUUUUCGCUUUGUCAUUAUGGGUUAUUGUAUGUAGAUUGAUGAGGAUUUAUUUUUAUUUAAUCCAUUUUAGAAUAAGGCUGUAAUGUAACAAAAUGUGAAAAAAGUCAAGGGGUGUUAAUACUUUCCGAAUGCACUGUAUAUCAUAAUCACAUCAAUAAAUUGGUGAUAACAAACUCAGAACACCGUAGCACAUUUGACAGCAAACUGGAUGCAGAGGACGUGACAAAUAAACUCGAAACAGGGGAAUGUUUACUGGUUGCUCAGGAGGUAAAGGGGAAGUCAGAUGUGAGGAAUUCAUUUGACUAGUUGUGGAAAAUACUGGAGAGCAAGAAAAAGAAGGUAAGGAGCAAGUGCUGCAUGCAUAUUAUGUGUGUCAAACAGGUGCUGUCAGAUUACAAUAUAAUUUUUCUGACCGUUUGGAACAAUGUAAACAACAUUAAAUAAAUUAUAAGCGUACAAGAAAGUCUGUAACUUUAAAAAAGUAUAAUUGUAAAGCCUUUAUUAAGACUAAAAACAGUCUCAUUCAUUUGUGAAUUACGAAAUGGAACGGUUUAUUUAUUGUUUACGCUAUUUAUUCAAGGUUCAUUUUAUUUUAAAACUAAAAUGCUUGAUUGCAUUUCAAAUCAUGAAUGACUCGUAUGCUGUGUGAUGACAUGAACAAAUUAAUGAUUGAUUGAUACAGUAGCCUAUAUACAGUGGGGGAAAAAAUUAUUUGGUCAGCCACCAAUUGUGCAAGUUCUCCCACUUAAAAAGAUGAGAGAGGCCUGUAAUUUUCAUCAUAGGUACACGUCAACUAUGACAGACAAAAUGAGAAAAAAAAUGCAGAACAUCACAUUGUAGGAUUUUUAAUGAAUGUAUUUUCAAAUGAUGGUGGAAAAUAAGUAUUUGGUCAAUAACAAAAGUUUCUCAAUACUUUGCUAUAUACCCUUUGUUGGCAAUGACACAGGUCAAACGUUUUCUGUAAGUCUUCACAAGGUUUUCACACACUGUUGCUGGUAUUUUGGCCCAUUCCUCCAUGCAGAUCUCCUCUAGAGCAGUGAUGUUUUGGGGCUGUCGCUGGGCAACACAGACUUUCAACUCCCUCCAAAGAUUUUCUAUGGGGUUGAGAUCUGGAGACUGGCUAGGCCACUCCAGGACCUUGAAAUGCUUCUUACGAAGCCACUCCUUCGUUGCCCGGGCGGUGUGUUUGGGAUCAUUGUCAUGCUGAAAGACCCAGCCACGUUUCAUCUUCAAUGCCCUUGCUGAUGGAAGGAGGUUUUCACUCAAAAUCUCACGAUACAUGGCCCCAUUCAUUCUUUCCUUUACACGGAUCAGUCGUCCUGGUCCCUUUGCAGAAAAACAGCCCCAAAGCAUGAUGUUUCCACCCCCAUGCUUCACAGUAGGUAUGGUGUUCUUUGGAUGCAACUCAGCAUUCUUUGUCCUCCAAACACGACGAGUUGAGUUUUUACCAAAAAGUUCUAUUUUGGUUUCAUCUGACCAUAUUACAUUCUCCCAAUCCUCUUCUGGAUCAUCCAAAUGCACUCUAGCAAACUUCAGAUGGGCCUGGACAUGUACUGGCUUAAGCAGGGGGACACGUCUGGCACUGCAGGAUUUGAGUCCCUGGCGGCGUAGUGUGUUUGUGAUGGUAGGCUUUGUUACUUUGGUCCCAGCUCUCUGCAGGUCAUUCACUAGGUCCCCCGUGUGGUUCUGGGAUUUUUGCUCACCGUUCUUGUGAUCAUUUUGACCCCAUGGGGUGAGAUCUUGCGUGGAGCCCCAGAUCGAGGGAGAUUAUCAGUGGUCUUGUAUGUCUUUAGUUAGUUAGGCUAUUGAUUAUAGACCUAAUUAAGUUGGAGUUUCCUCUCUCCUCACUUUCCUUAGACAACUAAGGCAAGGGAUGUUUUCUCGUCUCCUAACUCCCCUGCUGUCUCCGCCGCAUUGUUCUCAACAACAAUAUGCUGGUUAAUUUGCUAUUAUGCACAUAGCAACAUGGUCUAGGAAAAGGCGCCAAUUCAACAGCGCACUGAUGUGUUUCAGAACCGCGACCGCUAUCCAACGCGAGAGAAAGCUCAUUUAUUAUAAAAUAAUAUAAUUUUUAUUAGUGUUGCGCCAUUGUUCUUAUGUAAUAUAACCAUAUACAAUUUCAGUAGCACAUGUCUUAGAGUGAUGGACUAUGCCAUCCCUACGGCCUCCACAAUGGAUUAGUCCACUGACAGGCUUGAAUCAGACAGGUGUCUUCCACACCAUGAACAUUUUUAUUUAUUUUUUGCUACUGCUCGACUAAAGAAAUCUUGGUCGACCAACAGCCUAUCGACCAAACAAUUGACCAGUCGACUAAAUGGGGUCAGCCCUAGUUUCCUUCCUCUUCCAAUUCAGUAUCCAUGGGGAGUACAUGGUUAAGAUCUGUAGAAGCGUUGCGAUUUUAUGGUUUUUAUGCCAUUGACAGGCGGCUCGGAGACGUUCCAGGACAAGGUGAGCUUCUUCCAGAGGGAGCUCAGACACAUCCACUCCAAGAGACCUCGCACCAAGACCUGCCUGAAGAUCACACGCCACUGCAUCCUGGACUCGGUGAGUGAACCCACCGUGCAACUACUCUCUGAGCCGCAGUGAGAUUAAGAACUGCUACAGCAGACUCAUAUGAUGACAAUGAGUGUGAAAAUUACAAUGUUUUAAAAUCUCUCUCCCCAGUCUCUGAAAUCCACCCGGAACUUCUCCGUGUCGGACUGGAGUAAGAACUUUGAGGUGGUGUUCCAGGAUGAGGAAGGUAAGAUCAACACUCAACAUACUGCAGAUGACAGGACAGUCAGCUAGUGUUGUUUUUGGGGAGGGCUGUUGAAUGACUAAGUAUGUGUGUUGUGUUGGUCCCUAGCGCUGGACUGGGGAGGGCCACGAAGGGAGUGGUUUGAGCUCAUCUGUAAGACCCUGUUUGACACCACCAAUCAGCUGUUCACUCGCUUCAGUGACGACAACCAGGGCCUAGUAAGACCUCCCCUUUUCACCAGCACAACUAACACAAUACGGCUAAUACUGACUUAGUGCUGGGGGUUUUCCAAUAUGAUAGUGAGGUAAUGUUUAUGUCUGUAUUCCCAGGUCCACCCCAACGCAGAGCGGCCGGCACACCUGCGUCUGAAGAUGUAUGAGUUUGCGGGCCGCGUGGUGGGGAAGUGCCUGUAUGAGUCAGCCCUGGGCGGGGCCUACAAACAGAUGGUCCGCGCUCGCUUUACCCGCUCCUUCCUAGCCCAGAUCAUCGGACUCAGGAUGAACUACAAGGUACGCCCUCCACCCCAGUCCCACAUCCGCCCAGAGGAACUGGAGUUAGACCUCACUCCCAAUGUUUAACUUUAUGCUUCGGCUAGUUGGUAUCAUACAGUAAGUGUUGCAUUGUUCACAAGGCUAUGAAAGGAGAUCUGUUGAUUUCAUAGCGUAUGUUGUGGUGUUUCUAGAACAUAUUAAGAUCUGAACCUGCCGCUCUAUGUGGAUAAGUCAUCCUUAUUGUUUCGCCAAGAUAGAAUGACGUGUUUAUUUCAAUACCAUUUUCCUGUGUUUUUAUUUCAUUUUCCACGGCAGUACUUUGAGACGGAUGAUCAGGAGUUCUACAAAAUGAAAGUCUGUGUCAUCCUAAACAAUGAUGUCAGUGAAAUGGACCUGGUGUUUGCCGAGGAGAAGUACAGCAAGUCAGGACAGCUGGAGAAGGUGAUGAGGCAAUCAUUCUAUUUGACAUGACUUCCCUUAUCCACCAUGUCAUCUCAGAGAAAAAAGAAAGCACUAACUAAACAGAAGAAAUCCAUAUGAUUUCCUUGGCAGACUGCUUAGGACUCCUAAAUAAAGUAGAGGUAGUGUAAGGUUUGUUAUGUGUUGUCAGUCAUGUCCUGAGCUCUGUUACUGUGUCACUGCAGGUGGUGGAGCUGAUAUCUGGAGGAGCUCAGAUUGCUGUCAACAAUGAGAACAAGAUGCAUUAUCUGAACCUGCUGGCCCAGUACAGGCUCGCCAGUCAGGUGCGAGACGAGGUGGAGCACUUUCUCAAAGGUAAGGAUACAAACAAAGAUAUAGUAUGGAGUCAUUUCACAUUCACAUCUGUGUCUAAUCUGGAAUCUCGUGUGAAUUGCAGGUUUGAAUGAACUUGUUCCAGAGAACCUUUUGGCCAUAUUUGAUGAGAAUGAGCUGGAGGUAUGCUGCAUAAAAUCACAUUCCCUGUCAUACGUUCCAAAUCUCACUCUUAUGGCCCUGUAAUGUCUAAAUGUCUGUUUUUCCCCAGCUGCUGUUGUGUGGUACGGGGGACAUCGAUGUCCAGGACUUCAAGGCCCAUGCUGUGGUCGUAGGAGGGUCUUGGCACUUCAGAGAGAAGGUGGGUGACAUCACCAGUUCUGAUCCAUAGUACAUGGUGAAAGAUACUGCUUUGCCACAGCAUUGAUGGAGAUGUGAUAAAUGUUAGUGUUGAGCACCAUGCUGACUGUGUUCUGGUGUCGUGUUGUCCUAGGUGAUGAAGUGGUUCUGGGCCGUGGUGUCCAGCUUCACGCAGGAGGAGUUGGCUCGCCUGCUGCAGUUCACCACCGGCUCCUCCCAGCUGCCCCCCGGGGGCUUCAACACCCUCUGCCCCUCCUUCCAGAUCAUCGCUGCUCCCACACACAGCACCCUGCCCACCGCACACACCUGGUGAGUGGACGGGCAUGCACGCACCCUCACAAACACACACACACUCAGACAGACAUUUACAGUAUAUGCACAUUCACUCUCACAUUCAUACUUGGCUCAUAUACAUGUACUAUAUAGUUGGUUUCAGUUCUUUACAUGAAUAAUGACCAGACACACUACACAUCUUGUAGAACACACACAUACACAACUGUCAAUUGACUGACUAUCUGUGGAUUCUUCUCUCUCUAGUUUUAACCAGCUGUGCCUCCCUACCUAUGACUCCUAUGAGGAGCUGCACAAGAUGCUGAAGCUGGCCAUCAGUGAGGGCAGUGAGGGCUUCGGCAUGCUCUGAUUGGCCCUAUUCCUGGAGCUCCUCUCCCUGGAGCUCACCCCCAGACCCCAGACUCUGGUCACACUGUACUGACGACACCAGCGCCAACCAGGCCUCUGGUAUGCCCCUGUUAUCCUCUCCAUCCGCUUCAACCCUCCUUGACUCAAAUAGACUAUCCAUGAUCCUCUUUAAGUGGUAGAGGGCAUUACAGGAAGUCCACAGGAUGUCCCAGAAGGCUCUGGGAAGUCCUAAUGCGUCUGCUGGCACUAUGUAUAUGCUGUACAACGCUUGCUUUUCUAAUGAAGAAAGAUGAACUGGUGUUAAAAGGCUUGGUAGUUUUAUUCUAGAUGCUAGUUACUUAGUUAUAUGUUUGAGACAGAAUGUAGCACUAGUUUAAGAGCCUUGUGAGCUUGAUGUUAUAUUGCUUUUUGGAAUUUUGUUUUGGAAUAAAAAAUAAGGAACAUUUAAAUGCAAAAGCAGCCUACACAAAGUGUGGAGAAGCUGUGCACCCAUAGCACUUUGGCCUUAACUGAUCAGGGAAGGAUAUACAGUGUAUGUAUGUAUGUAUGUAUGUAUAAUAUAUAGACUCUUUUAUUUCAAUAUGUGUA